AUGGCAAGUCGAUCUAAUAUCAAUCCCAGCCUUUCUGAUUUCGCAAGUUUGCUUCAAGAAAAUUUCCAUCAAUUAAAUUGUCUUCCAAUUUUCGAUGUUGAAUUUUUCAAUAAAGAUAAAGAUUGGUUCUUAUUAUGCUUUUUGGAAGAACAGAAAAGAAAUGGUUUUUCAUAUGAAGUAACAUUGUCAGCAUUAAACUCCAUUGUGGGUGUAUUAGCCGAUGAUUGUUAUUUUCAUAAUACGUCAACUAAAGGCGUAGGCUUUCUUAAUCAAAACCAUCAUAUUAUUGGAGAAAGUGCAUCCAAUAAAAGUGCUAUUUGUCACGAGCUUUCGUUUGCAUUAAGUACUGUUAUUCAAUUAUUUCCAGAACGAUAUUCUGUAAAACAAGAAGUGAAGUCAAGCACUGAUAAUAUUGAUAAUAAUAUUAAAAUUGAAAGUAAACAUAAUGUACAAGAAUAUUCAAUGAUUGUUUCCACUUGUACAGAAGUUGGUUUAAUCAACAAUCUUUCAAAAAUAAAUACUAUUCUAUUGCACCCUGAUGGUGAUGUUGCUUUAUCAAAACUAGGUUAUUAUGAACAAGGAAAAAAUGAAACAUCUGGUGGAAUUAGUCUAUUUUGUGAUGCAUCUGAUGGUAUUCGUGGAGUUUAUAAUCGAGGUACUGGUAUUUCACAAAUUAAGAUUGCCCGUCCAGUUGCAUUAUUGAACAUGUAUGUAGCCAGCACCGGAACCAAGGUAGCACAAAUGUUACAAAAAUUUUACGAAGAUAAACAGCAAGAUGGUGUUUAUGGACGUGUUUUUUAUACGUGGUGCCGUAGCAUUAGUGAUCUACCUAACAAUAGAACAAAGUCAUUUAUUAAUAUUCCAUCUUAUUCUCAUUUUUCAUGUGCUGCAGCACUUUUAUUUUCAAACAAGUUUGAAUUUCGUUAUUUGCUCGAUAAAUCUGAUCUUGUUCAUUCAGAAACAGAUAAUAGUGAAUUUGAAGAUCGUUUGUUAGAAGAAAGACAAAAGCAGGGAGUAAAAACUCCUUCUACUUAUUCAGUUUCGAUGAAUGAAGAUGAUGUUUGUACGGCUGGUAUUUCUACAUAUGAUAAUGAAACUGAUCAAAAUAUGUCAUCAUUUAAACUUCAUCAAACAUUGCAGCGAGACUGGUGGAAAGCAUCAAAUACCACCGAGCCUCAUUUAAAAUCAAUCCAUCGAAAGGUCAUCAAUAUGUUGCCUAAAUGCAUCUGGUCAAUAGAAAUUAUUCGGAUUCUCUUUCGACUUAUGAGCAAAAAUUUAAAUGUAAUUGACCAAAGACAAGGUGAUAGAUGUAUAUUGAAACAUGCUUGUAUUGAUAAUAAAUUUCAAGAUUCUAUUAAGACAUCAAUAGAAGAAUUUUUAUCAAAAGAAUGUAAACGAAUUGAAGAAAAAAAAUGGAUCAUGUGGUCGACCAACGAUGACGUAAUUGCUGGUUAUUAUUGGUAUACACGCAAGAUGCUGGUAAUGGACACACUUCUUACUUUCAAACCGUUGUCUUAUGUUAUUGAAAAACGAUUGGGAAAAUAUACAACAGAACAAAAAUCUCAUGAACAAAUCAAACUGGAAAAAGCCAUGGCAAAAGUAAUGAAUUAUUCGGUAGUUUUUUUCAGUCGUCAAUAUUUAACAAACAAAGGAAAAGGUGAAGGUUCUGGUCAAUUUUGUCAUUCAAGUGAUUUGAAGCCUGAACAAAUUCUUACACCUUUAAUCGAAAAUGGUUUGUUAAUUGGUGGUAAUUUUCUCAAAGUUCAACAACCAAAUAUUGUUUCUACUAACGGUAAAAACAACGAACAGCUUAUUGAAAUGUCUUCAAAUGUAAUUGAAUGUUCUGUUUUGAAUACACCAUUACUACCAUCAUCUUCAUCGUUACAUUCUCCUCGAAAUAUCGCCAUUAAUGAAUUACCAGCAAAAGAUCUCAGUAAUAAUUCGUCUUCUUCUCUUUUACUAACUGACAAUAUUGAAACAGCAUCAUCAAUCGACAUGGAUAAUCCAUCAAGUCUAAUUGAACCAAUAAAAACAACUAUAGAAAAGGUUCACAAUGCAACACAUGAUAAUGAUUUUGAUGGUCAACCAAUGUGCGUAACAAAGAAACGAGGCCGUCCAAAUUCAGCACAUGCAAAGUCAGAAAAAUGGUCACAUGAUGCAGUUGACAACAUUAUAAUUAAUCCAAAAUCUUCUACUGUUUGGAAAUCAAUAUUGAUCAAACGUCAGUUUAUCGUUGGUACCCAUACUGACUUAUUCAAAAUGAUACCGUCGAAGCUAUUUGAUGAACAGUCUCGAUUCAAGUUGAUUGAUUUUCUUGUUUGCAAACAAUUAUUAAUGAAAGGCAAUUGGUUUCGAGAUGCUAAAGGAACAUUAGUUAGUGGCUAUUUAAAAGGAAGUCCUGCUGAUCUGUCAGUCUCUGUAAGCUUAGCUGAAUUAGGUAUUCCGAUUGAGGAAUACAAAUAUGCAUUGAAUCCUAAUCGGGAUAAUAAACGUCGUAUUGAUGGUAAAUUAAUUAAUCAAUCAUAUUUAUUCAGUAAUGUAUUAGAAGAACAAAUAAAAAAUGAUGAAUGGUUCAAAGAUAAUUUUGAAAUUGAUCAAAAAUUUAUUUAUGUGAAAAGUACAUUGUUACAAACCACUUCUAAUUUCCAUAUAGAUCAGUUUCAAAAACAACAAAAAGAAAGACUUGAACGAUCGAAAUCCACAAAACGAAAGAAAAUUGAAGAAUUACAAGUGCAAACUUCAAUCAUUUGUGGUACUAAUAUACCAGUCAAACGUCAACGAAAAUUAAAAGUUCGUGAAGAUUAA